UCUAUCAUAAUACUUGAAUAAACAAAUUACAUAACCAAAGGAUCAAGCUAUGGCUCGAUUAUUCAUAUGUUUACUCGUGAUUUUCCUAGCCAUUGUGGCUGAGGCAGCUACUCAGAAGCCAAAGAAAGCAAAAAAGUGCCAUGACAAGAAGAACUACCCUGUAUGUUUCAAAACUAAAAACCUCUAUUGCCCACCACAGUGUCCUCGUGACUGUUAUGUGGAUUGUGCUACAUGCACCCCUGUUUGCUCAAAGCCAUCUAAAUCCCCACCCUUUUUGCCACCACCACCACAUUCUCUGAGCCCACCUCCAACUAGGUCCACCCCACCUUCUCUGAGCCCACCUCCAACUAGGUCCACCCCACCUUCUCUGAGCCCACCUCCAACAACUUCCACCCCACCUUUGAGCCCACCUCCAACUACGUCCACCCCACCUUUGAGCCCACCUCCAACAACUUCCACCCCUCCUCCCACCAUUUCCACUCCACCACCUCCUCCUCCUACUAGUACUCCACCUUUGAGCCCACCCCCCACUGAUUUCACCCCACCUCCAUCAAGCACCCCACCUCCUGCAACUACUACACCCCCUGCUCAAAAUCCUCCACCACCACCAGAUUCAAGUGAAUCAGCUCCAAAGAGAGCUAGGUGCAAGAACAGGAACUAUGCCACUUGCUAUGGUCAGGAGUACACCUGUCCUAGUGCCUGCCCCAAUCAAUGUGAGGUUGAUUGUACCAUUUGCAAGGCUGUUUGCAACUGUGACCGGCCAGGUGCUGUGUGCCAAGACCCGCGAUUCAUCGGUGGAGAUGGAAUCACCUUCUACUUCCAUGGAAAAAAAGACCGAGACUUCUGCAUAGUUUCUGAUUCUAACUUACACAUCAAUGCUCACUUCAUCGGUCGCCGCAACGAAAAGUUGACGAGGGACUUCACUUGGGUGCAAUCUCUAGGCAUUCUCUUUGGCACCCAUAAACUCUUCAUCGGUGCUCAAAAGACAGCUACAUGGGAUGACUCCGUCGACCGCCUUUCGUUAGCCUUAGAUGGAGAGCCCAUAUACCUCCCUGAUGGGGAAGGCAUGAAGUGGAAGGCAGAAAUAUCACCAAGUGUGACCAUCACAAGGUCUAGUGACGCAAAUGCUGUAGUCAUCGAAGCGGAAGACAAUUUCAAGAUCAAGGCAGCCGUGGUGCCUAUUACACAGAAAGAUUCAAGAAUUCAUAGCUAUGGCAUUGCCUCAGAGAAUUGCUUUGCACAUCUUGAUUUGAGCUUCAAGUUCUACAAAUUGAGUGGUGAUGUAAAUGGUGUUCUAGGCCAGACAUAUGGUAGCAACUAUGUGAGUAGGGUUAAGAUGGGGGUUCUCAUGCCUGUUUUGGGCGGUGAAAAGGAAUUUGCAUCUUCAAAUAUUUUUGCUACAGACUGUGCUGUUGCUCGAUUUAGUGGUCAGCAUCCUAGUAGCAAUUCUUCGGAGAAUUUCGAGUUUGCCAACUUACAUUGUGCUAGUGGAAUCGAUGGUCGUGGAGUUGUCUGCAAGAGAUAAAAUUAAUCUCUCUCUGAAUCUGGCAGAAAGCUAUAACAAGCAGUUCUAUAUUAAAUUUAUAAUAAGGUCAGAUCUGUACUAGAAGAGGUCAGACUGGUUCCAGUUUGUAAUCAUGAAUAUUUUCUUGCUUCACUAAUAUGAUUCAAUAAUCGUUUGUACUGUUAA